AGCCACUCUCUCCCGGCCGUGCGGAGAGCGGCCGCGGCGCUGCGGUUUAUCAAGGAGGCAAACUAUUCAAUUGCUUCUUGCUUUUUCCCAGUUUCUUCUGUAAACCAAAGCAUCUCACAAUGGAGGCCUAAAACCCUUACAAGGGACUUAGUCUAAUCUCGGGAGGUAGUUUUGUGCAUGAAUAAACAAACUAAUAGUGAACUGGACUUUUUGAAUUAUUAUCUGAGGAAUAUUACCCUAAAGAAUCUAAUCUAAUUAUAUGAGAUAUAAUGAUAAUUAUUUUUGUUAUAUAUUUGAUGUGUGGAAGGAAAGAUGUGAUUGUAGCUGGGGCAUACUGUUGAAGCACUCUUUUCAAACUUGGCUAGGCAACCUUCCUUACACUGGCUGGUGUGGAAAAAAUAAAGGAAAGAUUUGAAAAUGAGGGCCAUUUAUUCAGAACAAGGAAUUAAGAGUCACACUUCUGCAAGAUUAGAGAAAUUUAUCAAUGAAAUCUUUGACAUUCAAAAAGACUUCCACAGUGACAGAGAGCAGUCAAGAACAAACUUUUUUGUUGAGCACAAUAAAUUUAAAGUAGGAAAGAUAAAAUAUGAUCAGAGGUGAAGAAUUAUCCUAUCACAAAGCCAGUGGUAUUUUCAAGUUCUAAAAUUUGCUUUGUUUCACCAUGCUUUAUCUCUCUGAAAGAUGAGAAACAGGAUGAUGGCUAAAUGGUUACAUUUUGACAAAUGAGCCCAUUUAUUCUGAAAGAAAGCUUAUAGGACCUCAAAGAAAAAAAAUUAUGACAAUGGGUUAAGGUUUUAACUAUUGAAACAAGUAAUGAGGUUAGACCCAAUUAUUUAUUUUGAUGGAGUAAGAAGAAUAUAUUCUGCACCUGGAGGUGCAACAGCAGCAUCUGCAGUAGGAAAGCACGUGUCUAUGAGCUUUAAGAAAGGAUGCUAGCAAGUGAGCCGCAGAAAAGCCACCAAGCUUUGUUGCUUGCUCCCUGCCAGUGUUAUUCACUCAGAAGUGAUUUACUAAUAAAUAGUAAGUCAUACUUGAAACAUGUUAAUAAUGUAUUCUUUCCCUCCUGUGAGGUAGAUCUUGUGCUUUAUUCCCCGGGCUAUCAAAUUUCACAAUUAAAAAAAUAAAAAUAGAUAAUAUUUUGAAUACCUUUGCUGUCAAAUAUUUGUGCAGGCAUAGCUGUCAACUGUGGAAAGAAGUCAGUUUUGGGACUUAGGCAUUUUACCUGCAUGUUGGAGGAAUACCGUAAACUUGCAAAAGCUGACCCACCUGUGAAUAUACCUUAUACAAAUUGACCUGAUGGCCUAAGACAAUAUGCUUCCAGAAAGGCUUUGACUCUCACCAUAGGCAUCCUAUUUGUGUGGUGUGUAUAGAAGUGGUGCCACUGCACAUGAUCAUGCCUUAAAAAUCUCUCAGAAUAGGGACUGGAGGGAUGGCUUAGGUGCCUGUCUGUGAAGCCUAAGGACUCAGGUACAAUUCCCCAGUAGCCAUGUAAGCCAGCUGCACAAGGUGUUGCAGGUGUCUGUAGUUCAUUUGCAGUGAUUGAGGCCCUGGUGUACUCUUUCUCUCUCUUACAUCUGUCUCUGCUCAUAAAUAAAUAAAUAAAUAUUAAAAAAAAAACUUAUCAGAAUAGAAUUUAUGUUCUAACCAUGCUGAAACUCCACAUGCAUAAAAAAGUUUUAGGAGCUGGGUGUGGUGACGCACACCUUUAAUCCCAGCACUUGGGAGGCAGAGGUAGGAGGAUCACCAUGAGUUUGAGGCCACCCUGAGACUCCAUAGUGAAUUCCAGGUCAGCCUGGGCUAGAGUGAGACCCUGUCUCGAAAAACCAAAAAAAAAAUAAAUAAAUAAAAAAGUUUUUGGUGUUCAACCUAGUAAUAAAAUCGACCAAAUCAAAAGCCAUGCACAAAACUACCUCCCCAGAGAAAGGCUGGUCCCUCUCCCUCCACAUCCAUUUCACUAUGAACAUAGCAGAAGAUAGCAUCAUCUUGUCCAAUUUGAUGAAAGGUGCCAACAGGUUUGAAUUGAAAUAUGAUUUUUCAUGUGAGCUGUACCGAAUGUCCACAUAUUCCACGUUCCCUGCUGGGGUUCCUGUCUCAGAAAGGAAUCUUGCUAGAGCAGGUUUUUACUACAUGGGUGUCAAUGACAAGGUCAAGUGCUUCUGUUGUGGCCUGAUGCUGGACAACUGGAAACAAGGAGACAGUCCUAUUGAAAAGCACAGAAAGUUGUAUCCCAGCUGUAGCUUCGUGCAGAAUCUGAACUCAAUCAAUAAUUUGGAAGGCAGCCCCCAGCCUUCUUAUCCUUCUCCCAUGACCAAUGCCAUGCCUUCAUUAUUGCCAAGUUUGGAAAACACCAGCUACUUCAGCGGUUCCUACUCCAGCUUUCCGUGCAAUCCUGUGAACUUCAGAGCAAAUCAGGACUUUCCUGCUUUGAGGACAGGUGCUUACCAUUGUGCAAUGAACACCGAGCAGGACAGACUGCUCACUUACCACAUGUGGCCCUUGAGCUUCCUGUCACCAGCAGAGCUGGCCAGAGCAGGCUUCUACUAUGUUGGACCUGGAGACAUGGUGGCUUGCUUUGCGUGUGGUGGAAAAUUGAGCAAUUGGGAACCAAAGGAUGAUGCUAUGUCAGAACACCGGAGGCAUUUUCCCAAUUGCCCAUUUCUAAAAGAUCAGCUUCAAGGCACUUUGAGAUAUUCUGUCUCUAAUCUGAGCAUGCAAACACACAUGGCACGCUUUAAAACAUUCUUUAACUGGCCUUCAAGCUUUCUUGUCCAUCCUCAGCAACUUGCAAGUGCAGGUUUCUACUAUACAGGUCACAGUGAUGAUGUCAAAUGUUUUUGCUGUGAUGGUGGACUGAGAUGUUGGGACCUGGGAGAUGAUCCAUGGGUGGAACAUGCCAAGUGGUUUCCAAGGUGUGAGUACUUGAUAAGAACUAAAGGACAAGAAUUCAUCACUCAAGUUCAAGACAGUUACCCUUAUCUACUUGAACAGCUGUUAACCACAUCAGACACUACAGAAGAGGAAAAUGCUGAGUCACCAAUUGUUCAUCUUGGCCCUGGAGAAAGUUCUUCAGAGGAUGCAGUCAUGAUGAACACGCCUGUGGUCCAAGCUGCCUUGGAAAUGGGUUUUAGUAGAAGCCUGGUAAAGCAGACUGUUCAGCGUCAAAUCCUGACCACUGGAGAGAAUUACAAGACCGUCAGUGAUCUUGUCAUAGGUUUGCUUGAUGCAGAAGAUGAGAUGAGAGAAGAGGAGAAAGAAAGAACAGUCGAGGAAAAAGAAACAGAUGAUCUAGCAUUAAUCCGGAAGAACAGAAUGGCACUCUUUCAACAUUUGACUUGUGUCAUUCCGAUCCUGGAGCAUCUACUAAGUGCCAGACUGAUUAGUGAGCAAGAAUAUGAAGUUAUCAAGGAGAAAACACAGAUUUCUUUACAAGCAAGAAAACUGAUUGAUACUAUUUUAGUCAAAGGAAAUAUGGCAGCUACCACAUUCAAAAACUCUCUGCAAGAAACUGACCCCUUGUUAUACAAGCAUUUAUUUGUGCACCAGGACCUAAAGUAUAUUCCUACAGAAGAUGUUUCAGAUCUACCUAUGGCAGAACAAUUGCGGAAACUACAGGAAGAGAGAACGUGCAAAGUGUGCAUGGACCGGGAAGUCUCCAUUGUGUUUAUUCCCUGUGGUCACCUGGUCGUGUGCAAAGACUGUGCUCCUUCUUUAAGAAAAUGUCCUAUUUGUAGAAGUACCAUCAAGGGUACAGUUCGAACAUUUCUUUCAUGAAAAAGAUCUGAGGCCACAUACGGUGAUGCAUACCUAGCACAUGGGCUGUAUAACAAGUUUGAGGCCAUCCUGGGCUGCAUGAGACCGAGUCUCAAACAAACGAGCAAAAACAAAACAAAACAAAACAAAAAACUAAGACUUUGUGUAAGCUCAAGAAUGAUAAAUUCAUCUUGUAAACUGAUCUGAUUUCCUUUAAAAUUAUAUUUAUGUACAACUCACAAUUUUGUUUUAGAUGAAUUUAUUUAUGUCAAUGUUCAUUGGAAAUAUAUGGAUGUAUUUAUUUUAGAUACCACAAGAACAAUAGGUUUUUGUUCUUGUGAGCCAAAAACAGGGCUAUCACUACAAACAUGAUCAUCAGAUUUUCAGCAUUACUGAAAUUAUAAAUGAAGUAAAUAUUUAAGAUGUUUGAAUUUACUUUUCAGAACUAGAAACACAAAAUUUCCAUCUCUUUUUGUUCAGUGUUCUAUACAUAGUCUUGUUAUUUGUUGAGUGAUAUUUUAGUGACAUGGAAUUUUUGUAAAGAAUUCUGAGGAAAAAUUUAAUAAAGCAACAGAAGUUA